CGGCCGAGCGCCGCCCGCAGUCGCAGCCAUGGUGCAGGCCUGGUACAUGGACGACAGCCCCGACGACCCGCGGCAGCCCCACCGCCUCGAGCCGAGCAGCCCAGUGGGCCUGGAGCAGCUGCGCCAGCUGGGGAUGCUCUACUGGAAGCUGGAUGCCGACAAGUACGAGGACGAUCCGCAGCUGGAGGAGAUCCGGAGGGAGAGGAAUUACUCCUGGAUGGACAUCAUCACCGUGUGCAAAGACAAGCUGCCCGACUUCGAGCAGAAGCUGAAGAUGUUCUACGAGGAGCACCUGCACCUGCACGAGGAGAUCCGCUACGUGCUGGAGGGCAGCGGCUACUUUGACGUCCGCGACAAGGACGACAAGUGGAUCCGCAUCUCCAUGGAGAAGGGGGACAUGAUCACGCUGCCUGCCGGCAUCUACCACCGCUUCACGCUCGAUGAGAAGAACUACGUGAAGGCCAUGCGACUGUUCGUGGGCCAGCCCGUGUGGACAGCGUACAACCGGCCGGCGGACCACUUCGAAGCGCGGACACAGUAUGUGAAGUUUCUGGCCCAGUCGGCCUAGCCGUGGCGUCUGGGAGCGUCGCCGCCCGUGAAGCUCUCCCACUGCGAACAGCACUUGGCCUGUGUCCCCUCUGCUUCUGUAGUGCCUGAAGCUAGCUCAUCCUUCCCCCUUGAGAUGACUGCACUGGGGUUUAAUUUCCCCGUGGAGUGCCCUUGCCGCACCGUGCCCGUCUCUCCCUGGUGUGACCCUGCCUCUUCAAAGGGGCAGGUGCCUAACUCGCCUGAUGGUGGCCACUGCCUGUUCAGACGACAGUGCCCAGGGCCAGGUGGGCAGUGGUCAGGGCUGGGGACCUGGUUCCCUUCUUGAGCAGCUGGCAUGCUGGGGGUCCCUCAGUCCCCUGGGGGACUGCAUCGGGUCCCUGGUCCCCAGCUGUUACAAGCACUUGGGGAGUGAAGCAUCCAAUGGGUGCUGUUCCUCUGUCCGCCUCUCUGAUAAAGAAAUGGAAUAAAGCAAAUUGGAAACA